AUGGCCGAAGAAGACUGCAUCAUAGAUCCGGGACAGUCCCCUCUCGGAACGAAAGAAUACUGGGAUGAAUUCUACACUGCGGAACUAUUCGACUUUGAAGACGCGGACACUAGUGAAUGUUGGUUCGGAGAAGAGGUGAAUGAAAAGGUUUGUGAUUGGAUAGCGCUUGGAUGCGAUAGAGAGAACCCUACCAACACACAAACCUUUCCUGGUCUAAGCUUAGAGUCCAAAAUUCUAGAUAUUGGAUGUGGGAAUGCAAAAACCCUUAUUUACCUUGUUGAAAAACAUAGCUUUAAAACUUUGCAUGGUGUAGACUAUUCGAAAUUUGGUAUUGAGCUUGGGCAAAAAUUUUUACGGUCUAGAUUCAAACUGAGCGAAUGCCCUGUUUCUUUGUUCGUACUUGAUAUUGUGGAUCUGGCUGGCCUUUCCGAGAACACCUUGCUUAGUUCGAAUUACGACCUAAUUUUCGAUAAAGGGACAUUUGAUGCGAUAUGCUUGAACUGCGUGAAGGAUAUGCGAAUGCGCUACAUCUGCGCAGUGUGCUCGCUCAUGAAACCGGAGCAGAGCUAUUUGGUCAUCAACAGUUGUAAUUGGACCGAAAACGAGUUAGUCCAACUGGUGGAAUCAAUGUCUACUACUAAAAAUCGGAAGGCUUGCUGUGAAGAAUUGAAAAUCGAAUUAGUACAAAACAAAAAUUAUGCGCUCAAAAAAUUCAAAUGCUUGCCACACCCAGUAUUUGAAUUUAGAGGACAGACUGGUAGUGCACUAGUCACUGUAGCGUUCAAACUACAAAAAGAGGUUCAUUCACCCGAGUGUUAAAAGCGGGACCUGGCAAGACUAUAACAGAAACGCCAGCAGACAAACUAAGGGUUCGACAAUUGGCCAAAGACAGUAUAGCUCAUGUUG